AUGUGUGGUUGUCACCAGACUCAAAAACUGAGAGUCAUUUGUAUUGAUUUCAAUGUUGAUCUGGCUGUCUGUCCUUGUGCACCUGCAGCCCUCCAACUCCUUUGGAUGGGCUACUUCCCCUAUGCCCCACUGGGGCCAACACUUGCUGUUAGCCUACAGCUUCUUGGCUUUGAGGGUAUACACUGGAGGUUCAGUAAUGCAUAUCACUGGUAUUGUAUUCUGGACACAUCCCUUGAUGAAUAUGUCCAACAACAACUGCAAGAAUCUGCUAACAAUGAUGUCCUCAGUUCAAAGAUGAGGCCAUCAGAAUACUUACAACAGCAUUGUCCUCUAUGCUUUGGUGGCCAGAGCUGGCAGAGCAAUAAUAGUGAACAUGGCUUUUCUGAUGUUGAUGCAAUUGUUUGCAUUGAUGCUUGUUUUACUCAGAAGUGCAGAAGUAGGCAUCCAGAUGAUCCAGUAAACCCUACAGCUACAGUCUUUCUUUCACAAGAAGAUAUUUGUGCUAUGGAGCAUGAGGUUAAUGAGUUGCAAAAGUCAAAGUCUUCAACCCAAAGGAGGAGUGGGCAGGCUUUGAAAAAGAAUUAUCUUGGUGAUGGGGAGGAUGAGUUUGAAGAGGGAAUGAGGAUAACAAUGUCAGUGCUGAAGGGUUGUAAUGAGUCCUUUACUGCAGCUGAUGAGAGGCACCAGAAAGCAAGUACCCAGUUCUUUUCAGAUACUGGUGUCAUGGCCCUACUCUGUUGUCAUGAUCAUGUCAUUUACCUUGCAAAUAUGACUUCAGCUGGGGAGAGGCAACAUUAUGCACUUGCCCUCAUCAAAUCUCUUUUUGGCCACCUCCCAGAUAAUUUUCAUAUUGGGCUGUUAUAUGACAUAGGUUGUCAACUGGAACAGAGCUGCAGGAAGUGGGGUUUUCUCAAGUCAUUUCUGCCACAUAUUUCUUUUGCCAUCUCAGUAUUUCAUGCCUUUGGUCAUCAAUGGGCAUGGCUGAUACCAUCUCUUCAUGUUUCUGGGGUGUGCCACCUGGACAUGAAGUGUCUCACUGGUUUGGGCCAGUGGCUUUUGCAUCACUGGAAUCAUUGCCAAGAAAAGAAGGCUGCUGCAAACAGAGGCCUAAGGAGAUGUGGAGUUGAUAUCCCAACUCUUCAAGCUGAAUGGGUUGCUCAAGUCUCUGCACAGACAAAGCCAGCUCCUUGUCACAGCUCUAAAGCUGCUGAGAAUAUGAUAUUGCAAAUCAUGGCAACUCCAAAAUCAUUGGGAAAUUAUGAGGCCAGGCUAGAAGUGCUGGAGAAAGAUCUUCUCCAUGGGGUUGCUGACAUGACAAGCUUGACUAUCCAAAUUGCAGAGUGUCAUCAAAAGGUUAAGUGUUUUAAAGAUGCUUUGCAGAACCAGAGGGCAACCCUAGGCAUAAAUGGGCAUUCAAAUCUUGCUAGUAUCCAAAAGAGUGCUUAUCUUCAACUUCACAUGCAUGCAUUAGCAAUCAAGAAACAUAUCAGAGAUCAUCUGUGCCAACAAAAGUUUGAGUUGGAAAGACUGGAACACUCAUAUUGGCAGACUCUCAGUGAACAAAGACUUCAAAACCACACAGAAGCAUCUCUUGCCAGUAGCUACAAUAAUCUGUGUCUGCAAAUUGUAGGCCUCAUACACAAGGGAAAAGCUCCUCAGGGGUCAAUAGCCCCACUCCUGAUCCCAAGGGACUCUUUGUUCAAACUGGAUGUGGAUGAUGAUAUUUGGCAGGAUAUUGGCCUUGGGGAUGAUUCAGAUGGGUUACUACCCCCAUGGUUAGCUGAUGAAAAAGUGCACUCAGGGAUCAGAUCAUUCCUUGAGCUGGGGUGUUGUGAAGAAGAGGAAAGGCACCUGUUGCAGGAAAGAAGAGAUUUGACAGAGUGGUUUUCUGAAGAGUGGGGUCAUGUGCAGAAAACCAUACAGAGUACUGAUGUUGAUCUUGCAUAUGAACUUGACUGCAGAGCAUUGAGACUAGCAGGUCUGUGCAUCUUAUGGAAGAGGCAACUUAGAGGCUAUCCUGGAACACCUAAUGAGAACUGGGGUGCAAGUGAUGAAGAACUGCACAGCAUGGUGCAGGGUGGUCAUGUUAUAUAUAUUGAUAGUGAUAAUGAGGAGAGGUUUGAUGGAUUGGAGUCAGAGGGUGAAGAGGAUGAGGAUGAAGUGAUGGAUGAUGAGUUGCUAUGUGUUGCUGAAGAAUUUGCCCUGGCAGAUGAAUAUCACCAACAAAGUGAUAUGCCAUUGGAAGAAUUCUGUUGGGGGGAAGAAUGGGAGAAUGACCUACUGGAUAUGGAUCCACCAUCAUCUCCAAGUAAAAGGGUUCAAUACAGAUAA